GCAAUACAAACGUACACAUCGAUGAAUCGGUCCGUUCAAGCGAAGACUGUGAUUCAUAAUUACACGGGUAUGUAUACACGAACCGGUGGGCCGAAUAAUCAGCGAAAAGAAGCGUUUGCAGAUGCACUUGAGCCUCGUGAUAAUUGUGAAUUAAAGAAUUGUGAUGGUGCGCGUGACUUGUACAUGACUCGAGCCGAGUGCCUGUAAUAUUUUUGAAGCUCGAGACGACUGUUAUACGCUGCUUCUCCGCUGUAACACAUUGCGCACAUGGUAUACACCUUAUCAUGCAGAGAAAACUAUAAUCUGCGUAUAGCUCGGCACAUAACCGUUUCUUCUAUCCCGACGAUUCAACGAUCUGCCGCCGCUGCUGCCGAAUUCACGAACUAAGGUUGCUAUAGGACAUUAUAGCAAUGAGCACCUAGCAUUUAUUACAACGUGAUCGUACGACUACCUAUCGAAAGUGUAUAUAUAGGUAAUAACGUUUGCAUUUAGAAUUUGCGGAUUCGCAUCGAAGCCAUCGCAUCGUUUACAUCACAUAAAAAAUAAUAAGAACGAGGGGCCAAAACACGGAGAGUCUGGAGCUAUAUCGGCUGGUUCGAACCUUGACUUGGUCUGCGGCCGCGUGCUCCAAAAUAUAACGGCUCGUCAGCGUAGUCCGUUAUAUACACACACACAAACACAUAUCAUUAGCCCGUUCGGAUAGUCAACAUUGCUGAUUUAAAUUGCGCGUACGAUUGCGCCAUCGAUCCAACGAUUAUCGUCAUCUUAUGUCAAUAAAUUGAAUCUCUUCUGUACUUCUGUCUUCUUCGUUAAUGUUCUUUGUUGACGACCAUGGAGGUGACUAGAGAAAAUUUUCAGGAAGUGCUGACAGAGCUGGAUGAAGUAUUGAAAAAUGCUUCUUUUCUGGCAAUUGAUGGUGAAUUUACUGGGUUAAAUUCAGGUCCAGAAGCUACUGCUUUUGACACUCCAGCUCAGUAUUAUCAAAAACUAAGGACCGGAUCUAUGAAUUUCUUACUUGUUCAAUUUGGUUUAUCCGUUUUUACUCAUGACAAAUGGGAUAACAAGUAUAGUCAGCGGUCUUACAACUUUUAUGUAUUUCCAAAACCAUUUGAUCGGUCAUCAACUGAUUGUCGGUUUAUGUGCCAAGCUUCUUCAAUAGCUUUUUUAGUCAGCCAAGGCUUUGACUUUAACAAACUCUUUAAAUCUGGAAUACCUUACUUAACUAAAGCUGGAGAAGAAAAAUUGCAAAAAAAAAUUGAAGACAGACAUAAGUUGAGAGACAAUGGAAAUUAUGAUAUUAUUCCUAUACCUGAAAAUGAUAAAGCACAGAUGGAAGAAAUUUGUUCUAGAUUAGAGGACUUUGUUAAGUCUGAAGAUGAAUCUUACGUUUUAGAUAGGUAUAAUGCAUUUAUUAGAAGACUGAUACACCAAGAAGUACAAUUGAGGUGGCCAGAUAAAAUUAGGUUGGAAAAUAAAAUUGAAAAUGGUAAUUGUGUGGUUAUUGCCUAUAAGACAGGUAAUAAAGAAGAAGAAGCACAGAGGGAAAAGGAAAGACGUGAAAAAGAAAAGCAAGAUAUUCAACAAGCAGUUGGACUUAGUGCACUGUUACAAAAAAUUGCAGAUUCGGGUAAACUUAUUGUAGGACACAACAUGUUGCUUGAUUUAUGUCACAUUAUCAAUCAAUUUUUUGGUCCUUUACCAGAGAGUUAUACCGAGUUUAAAUCUCUAGUUCAUGGUCUUUUUCCCAAGCUCAUAGAUACAAAAAUUAUAAGUCAAUCAGCUCAAUUUAAUCAAUCAGUUCCUUCGAUUCUCAACCAAUUAUUUGAAGCUCUUCAAUGUUCACCAUACUCUUUACCUACCACAGAAGAUAUUGAAGAUAGAAGUUAUUCAUUAAAAGAAGAUAAAUCACAUGAAGCUGGUUAUGAUGCUUAUAUGACUGGUCUAUGUUUUAUUGCCUUAUCCAACAGGCUAGGUGCUCUUCAAACGCCAGAAGUACGACCAGUACUCGCUGAUUCCCGGCUUUUAGCUCCAUACUUAAACAAAUUGUGCAUAGCAAAAUUGAAAGAUUACCCUCACAUCAACUUAGUUGGAAACGAUCCUAAUCCAUGCAGAGACCACAUUUUUCAUGUCACAUUUCCAAAACAAUGGAGAAUAAAUGAUUUAACCCAAUUGUUCAAUCCAUAUGGUGGUGCAUAUGUAGCAUGGUUAACAGAUACUACCGCUUAUGCCGCAUUACACAAGAAAGAUCAAGUUAGUGCUGUAGUGAAAAAUUUGCUUAAAGGAUCUUCAAAAUUAUUCAGCCUCAAACGUUAUAAGGAUCAUCAGGCAAGUGUUGAAAGUGAAAACUCACAACCAAAAUUAGAUAGAAAACGGAAAAUAUCAGAAAAUAAAGUUUAUACUCUCGUGAGAGUACCAAGAAACGAUUUUCCAAAUCGUUACGGCUUGCCAAUAAGAAUAUAAGGAAAAAAUUAUUCAACCGUAAGAAGAGCUUUAAAUAGAGAUUUAGUCAUUACAUACCAACCGAUUUGGACAAGAAAGAAUAAUCUUCUUGCUCAAGUCUUUUGUAAUAUCGUAUAAGUUUUAAUUUUUUACUGUAAGAUUUAUGAACACAUUGAAAACCGAAGCGAAACCACGUUGAUAAAGUAAAUAAGAAUUAGAUCUUGGACACUCCAACAAAGAAGUAAAUUUGUUGCUAUGGAUUUUGUUUUUAUAAAAAUCUGAAAUUUAAUAUAUUUACUUUAAUCAAAAAGUAAACAGUCAGUGCUGAUUUUAUCAUGUAAAUGUGUGAUGAAAAAAAUGCGGCGCGAAUCAACGUAUAAAAAUACGAAUGCAUGUAGAAUUUCUUAUGUUUAAGAACAGAGAACGAAUGUGUUGUAAAAAUGUGACUGAAAAUAUAUAUUUGUUUUACU